GCCUCCGAGGAGACGUUUCAAUCAGAAAAGGAGGGUACUUCUGGUUGCUUUGCACUGUACUUCAGGUUCAGCUCUAUUGCUGAGCAAGCAGUAAAGUGGUUGGUGUGAUGUGGUUUGACCACUGCUGCUGGAUGCCUUAGUGGAGUGCAGACAGGCUGAGCUACUAAAUCGCAACAUGAGUGCACUGACUUAUGAGGACGUGCGUGUGAACUUCACUCAGGAAGAGUGGGCUUUGCUGGAUCCUUCCCAGAAGAAGCUCUACAAAGAUGUCAUGCUGGAGACCUACAGGAACCUCAGUGCUAUAGGCAUGAAAGAAGUCAGAGUGCAGAGAAACCCUCUGAAUAUACACAGUGUGAUAAAGCCUUUGCUUUACAUGCUCCCAGUUGUGCUCAAAGACACGAAAGUUUUCAUACAGAAAAGACAACUUAUGAAGUUAUUCAGUGUGUCGAAGCCUUUGCACCUUACACAAGUAGCCAAAUAAGUAAAAGCGCAUAAAUUGGACAGAAACCCUAUGAAUGUAAUCAACAUGGUAAAGCUUUUGCAAAACACAGUCAUCUUAAAAGUCAUGAAAGAAUUCAUAGUGGAGAGAAACCCUUCAAAUAUAAUGACUGUGAUGAAGCCUUCUUACAUCUCUCAAGUCUUCACAUGCAUGAAAGGAUUCAUACUGGAGAGAAAUCUUACAAAUGUAAUGAAUGUGAUAAAGCCUUUUCCCAACAGACUAGUCUCCAAAUUCAUAAAAGAAUUCAUACUGGAGAGAAACCAUACAAAUGUAAUCAAUGUGAGAAAGCCUUUUACCAAAACAGUCAUCUUCAAAUACAUAAAAGAACUCAUACUGGAGAGAAACUCUAGGAAUGUAAUCACUGUGGUAAAGCCUUCUUACAUCUCUGAAAUCUUCACAUGCAUGAAAGGAUUCAUACUGGAGAGAAACCUUACAAUGUAAUGAAUGUGACAAAGCCUUUUUCCAACAUAAUAGUCUCAAAAUACUUAAAAAUAUAUACUUUAGAGAAAACCAACAAAUGUGACCAACGUGAUCACACCUUUACAAACCACAGUCAUCUUAAAAGUCAUGGAAGCAUUCAUACUGGAGUGAAACCCUACAAAUGUAAUCUAUGUGACAUAGGCUUUUCUCAACAUUAUAAUCUACAAACUCAUAAAAGAAGACAUAUUGGAGAGAAAUCUUACAAGUGUAAUCAGUGUGAGAAAGCCUUUUCAAAACACAGUCAUCUCCAAAAGCAUAAAUGAAUGCAUACUGGAAAGAAAACCUACAAAGGUAAUGAAUGUAGGAAAGACUUUUUUUUUUACAGUACCAUCCCUUUUAAAUGUGUAAAUGAACAUACUAGACAAAAACCUUAUGAAUGUGAUCAUAGUGUUAAUCAUCAUGAACAUAUUUAUAUUGCCAAGAAACCUGAAUAUAAGCAAAGUGGUAAAGCCUAUGCCCAGCAUAUUUAUCUAAUGCUGCAAGAGUAAGUACUGGAGAUACAAAGACAGACACGCACACACACACAUAGAGACCUUAUAAAUGUACAUAAUGUGGUAAACCUUUGCAUAUCACAGUCAUCUUAGAACACAUAAAGGAGCACAUAAUAUACCUCAGAAUACAUAAAAGAACACUCCAAAGAGAGAAACCUUUGUGAAUAAUGUGGUAAGGCCUUUGCAAGUGACAUUUAUCACUUAAUGUAUAAAAUAACAAAAACUUAUAAGAAACCUCAUCAAAGUAAGCAAUGUGGUAAAGUUUGUUCAUGUACCAGUCGUUUUUGAAAUCCUGAGAAAAAUGAAUGCUGCAGGGAGCCCCAAUAAAUGUAGUCAAUGUGGUAAAAUUUUGCACUUUGGUAUCUUUAUAUAAGAGUAAAACCUUUAGCAGGUGAUCAAUCUGUUAAAGAUUGCAUGUCACAAUAGUCUUUUAAGAUCUAGAAGAACUCACAAUUAGAGCAAUCUGUGACUCUGAUGGACUUGGUAACAUCUUUAGCCAACCCACUUACAUUAAGUUACACAAAGUUAUUCAUUCUUGAGAAGAGCUCUAGCAUGUGUCAACUAUUUGUUCAAGUAUGAUGAUGUCUCUGUUUUUUUACCUGUAAACUCACAGGGAAAAAUUCCUAUGAUUUUCAUUGAUAAGGUUUAGAUUUCAGAGUUCACUUUAAGCCCAUGAAAUUACUCAUU